AAAAGUUAGAAAAUAAGAGAAAAUAGAAAGAAAAGAAAAAAAAUAGAGAGAGGGGGCUCAUUCGUAUAUAAAUAUAUAGAAGAAGGGAGAGAAAGAGAAGAUUAAGAGAAAGAAAAAAAUGGGAAGAGGGAGAGUAGAGCUGAAGAGGAUAGAGAACACGAUCAAUAGGCAAGUGACGUUUGCAAAGAGAAGGGGUGGUGUUUUGAAGAAAGCAUACGAGCUUUCCGUUCUAUGUGAUGCAGAGGUUGCUCUCAUCAUCUUCUCUAAUAGAGGAAAACUGUUCGAGUUUUGCAGUAAUUCCAGCAUGCUUAAGACACUGGAGAGGUACCAAAAGUGCAACUACGGACCUCCAGAGCCCAAUGUGCCUUCAAGAGAGGCCUUAGCAGUUGAACUUAGUAGCCAGCAGGAGUAUCUCAAGCUUAAGCAGCGUUACGACGCUUUACAGAGAACCCAAAGGAAUCUAUUGGGAGAAGAUCUUGGACCACUUAGUACGAAGGAGCUUGAGUCACUUGAGAGACAGCUUGAUUCUUCUUUGAAGCAGAUCAGAGGUCUCCGGACACAGUUCAUGCUCGACCAGCUCAAUGAUCUCCAGAGUAAGGAGCGCAUGCUUUCGGAUACAAACAAAACUCUACGGCUAAGGUUAGCUGAUGGGUAUCAGAUGCCAUUCCAACUUAACCCGAACCAAGAAGAAGUACAUGUUGACUACGGGCAUCAUCAACCGCAACAACAAGCUUUCUUCCAGCCUUUGGAAUACGAGCCCAUUUUUCAAAUCGGGUAUCAUCAAGGGCAACAGCAAGAUCAUGGAAUGGGAGCAGGGCCAAGUGCGAAUAAUUACAUGUUGGGUUGGUUGCCUUAACCAACUCUAUUUGAAACUUUCUUCAUAUUUGUUCUUUUUGACAUUUUUAAAUCAAAACUUUCUCCUAGCUUUCCUCUUCGGCUACAUGAUGAUUACCUCUCUCUAUAUUACUUUCUUGUGUGCAUGUGUGUAAUGUUUAUUAUGAUAUUUUCAACAAAAUUAUACUCCGCAUAUGAUUUGGCCAUGCAUUCCUCGUACACUGUCACACUAGGAUCUUGAGUACAAUAUAUAUAUACAUGCCCCUGUGUAAUUCAAGUUUGUAAGUACAGUAUAUGCUUCCAGUUUCAAAAUCGUUUUUUAGCUCCCAUUCAUGGCUUUGAAUAAAUUAUAAGUUAGGUAUAGUGGAUUCCAGAGCCUCAUGUAGUUAUGCAUACCACCAACAUAUGUCUCUAGGCCCACCUCUAAUAUUAUUUUGGGCUAUCUAAACACAGGGCCUAUCGAAAGCCCAUAUUCCACGAAUUUGUCAACAUUUUCACUGAACGACCUAAGGUAAACUAAAAUCAGAUACAAAAGAAAAUCAUUAGAAAAAAAAACUGCUCAGAGAAUUAACCAGCAUAUGUGCGAGGCACGUGCAACAAUUCCAUUGCUAGUUUAUUGGUGAAUAAAUAUUUUUUUGUUUAGGUUAGGUCCUUACAAUAUUAUUAGUCACUUAAACUCCAAUAUUAUUAUUUCACAAAUUGUUAUUUAUUGUUAUUAUUAUGAUUAUGAUGGUUCAACGCAAAGAGCCCGAUUGAAUAGACACGUUUAUAAAGUGCAGACAAUUUCAAAAAGAAAAGUAACACACUCUUAUUUUGUUCAAAACAAAAUAACCAAAAGAAAAAUACAAAGGAAAGUAUGAUUGGGACAAAUUUAUUACAGGGAGAGAGAAAAGAUUAGAUAAGAAUGUCGUAGAAGAUAAGCACUCUACGCGUCAUUAAAGGGACCCACACUCCCCCCCCCCAAAUUGGUCUGAAUCCAGCAUGUCCAUACUCGCCUCACCCUCGCGUGUUCACACGCGUGUCUUGUUUCUUUAUGGUUGCUUUUUCUCGUUAUCUAAGGACACACACGUUUCUUCUGUUCAGAGAGAAAGAUUUAUAUAAAAAGUCAGUUUCAAUUUGCUCGUCUGUGUUUCGGUUCUGUCUGAACGGUCAUCAUCAUCAUCAUCGUCUUCAUUACUCCUGCCAUUAAACCUUUCUUGAGAAUAUUAUUUGUGAACGAUGAGAAGCCAACGAGAUCAAGACUCCAGGGCUUUCUACGAUCUCUCGGCUCUUGUCCUGAGCCUCCUCCGCUCUCCGCCGAUGCCGAUUUCUCUCCCCGAUCACUUCCUGGAUUCGCCGAUGAUGAGGAGUCGGUCGCCUUCGAUGGCUCAUAUAUCUCCCUCGGGGUUCGCGUCGCUGCUGCUGGGUAUAUCGGUGGCUCUGAUGCUAUGUGGAUCCGUGACUUUCUUCAUCGGCUUCCUCUUGUUGCCUUGGGUUCUGGCUCUCAUCGUGGUUCUUUAUGUCGCCGGGAUCGUCUCCGCCAUUUCCAUGGCUGGGAGGUCGAUCCUCUCUUACGUCUUGACGCCGCCGCCUUCUUUUUCAUCGAGGAAGGGCAUUUCUGAAUGGAAGCUGUUGUGAAGUGACGAAAACCUCAAUUAUCAUCCGGAAGAGCGGGACAAAGAAGAUGGAUUGAGUAUAUAACAACGCAAUCCAGAUUAGAGAUUUUCUAUAUAUGUUCUUUUAUCUGUAUUUUGGGGGGAAAUUAUGUGGAUAUUUGGGAGUUUUUAUGUUUUCUUUUACUUUUUCAAAAAGAAAAAAAGAUUUUUAUAUUUCACUGUUAGAGAAAUGGAGAAAGCGUUCUGAGUUUGUGCUUUUUCCAUGGAUGGUUUUAUUAUUAUUAUGUAACAUAAUUUAUUUAGGAAAAAGAUCUUAAAAAAAGAUUAUAGGAUUUCGACUA